AUGUCUUCCUUUUGUAAUUUCUUCUUUAUUUCUUUUCUCAAUAAAUCAUUCAUUCCUUUUUUUUCUUUCUUUCUUGUUUCAGGAUUUGAGACAAAAUUCUUUCUUUUCAAUCUAAACUAUUUUUUCUUAUUUCUUUCUUUCUUUUUUUUCUUUCUUUCUUUCUUUCUUUCUUUCUUUCUUUCUUUCUUUCUUUCAUUCGUGCAUACAUUUUUCAAGUUUUUAAAAAAAAUUCUUUCUUCUGAAUUUCACUAUUCUUUCUUUCUUUCUUUCUUUCUUUCUUUCCAUUUAUUGUGCUUUUCUUUUCUUUCUUUCUUUCUUUCCAUUUAUUUUCAGGAUUUGAGACUUUUUUCCAAUUUAAACAUUCUUUUCUUUUUGUCUUUCUUUCUUCUUUUUGUCUUUUUUCUCGUUCAUUUCCUUCUUUUGUUUUUUUUUUCAUUCCUUCUUUUAUAUUUCGGGAUUUGCAACAAAAAUUUUCUUUCUUUUUCAUUCUUUCUUUCUUUCUUUCUUUCUUUCUUUUUCUUAAAUCUAUCAUUCAUUUAUUCUAAUAUCAGGAUUAAACAAUCUUUAUUCUUUCUUUCAUUCCGCCCUUCCUUUCUUUCCGUCUUAUAUAUUUCUAUCUAUUUCUUCUCGAUACGUCUUCCUUUUCUCCCUCUCUCCUCACCACUUACAGGCGAUGUUGAUCUGUGUCCGGAGGCGACUUUCUCCACCUGGACAGUUAAACUUCUCACUGGCCGCAGGGGUUGA